AUGGAGUUUGAUACAAGCUUUAGAGAUGAUUUCCCUUUACUUUCAAGCCUUUUGUCUAAUAACAAUUCUUCUUCCUUCAAACCUGACUUUGGAAAUGGUUUUUUUCCCUUGGUUGAUGGUUCUUCUUCUUCCAAAGGUUUGCUUGAAAACUUUAUCCUUCAUGACCAAAACCAUCACUUAACUCCCAAUGUUAACAACGCUUCUUUCUUGAAUCCUCACCAUUUUCAUCAAUUUUUCAUUGAUGGGUCCUCAAAGAAUCCUUUUCUUGGGGUUUCCUCGACAUGCACCAAUCCUUUCGAGCCUUUCGCCAAUGGGUUUUCAAAUGAUCUUAAUGCUUAUAUCCCUUCCUUGCCUUUUGCACCAGAAAGUAGUACUGUAAAGGAUGGCCUUUUCCAGGGUUUUCAGACUGAAGGCUGCUGGGAUUUUUCUCAGAAUAAAGCUCCAGCUCAACCCUUGACUGAAAUUGAUCAGAUUUAUCAUCAUCAGCCUCUGAACUUUCAAGAUCAACAGCCACCGGUGACUGCUAAGUUGGCUGAUGAAGUCUCAUGUGUCACAGCAGAUCAAAAUAAUGGCCUUCAAGACAAAGUUGAUCAGAAGAAGAACAAAAGGUUCUUCCAAUCCAGAAGAUCAGGUAGCAAAGCUCUUAAGAAAACUAAUAUAAUCAAAGGCCAAUGGACUCCUCAAGAGGACAGAUUGCUAGUGCAGUUGGUAAAAAGGCAUGGAACAAAGAAAUGGUCUCAAAUUGCAAUGAUGCUAAAUGGGAGAGUAGGAAAGCAAUGUAGAGAGAGAUGGCAUAACCAUCUAAGGCCUGAUAUUAAGAAGGAUUCAUGGAGUGAAGAUGAAGAUAGGAUACUGAUUCAAGCACAUAAAGAAAUAGGAAACAAGUGGGCUGAGAUAGCCAGGAGACUCCCUGGCCGCACCGAGAACACUAUAAAGAACCAUUGGAAUGCAACCAAGCGAAGGCAAUACUCAAGGCGCAAAGGCAAAGACUCCAAUCCCAAAGGCUCUCUUUUGCAAAACUACAUCAAAUCAGUGAGUCCAACCUCAACGCGAAAGUACAAAGGGAAAAGGGUACUAUUGGAAACUAAUCCUGAAACCUCAGAUUUCAAUCCAACAGAUUGGCAGGUUGUAGUUCCGAAUGUUUUUUGUGAUCAUCAAAGUUGCACUGCUAGCUUCGGAUCGAUGCUUGAAGAAGUUAAUCCCUGUAGCUCUGUUGUUGAAGAAGAGAGCAAUGCCAUGGAAAUCGAGAUUCCCCUGGAAAUGAAUUACAUGAAAAAGGAGCUGGAUUUGCUCGAGAUGAUCUCUCAAGGAAAUCUCUAA